ACAUAUCUUUACUUUCUAUUUUGUUAUAGAAAAUAUUUCAACAUUUAACCUUGGUUAAGGUUGCAAGUGAAAAUAUGCAAAACACACAAAUGUAAGCAAAAGGGUCUUAGAGGUUGCACUGAUAUUUGCAACUAAAUUCUUCCAAGUGAAUCAGAUACUAAUGCACAUCAGAAGUAAUGCCAUUCCAAAAUUCUGUGUAAAUAGUAUGCACUGCAACUUUUGUGUGACCAUUGUGUGCUAAUUUGCACCUGUACUGGUGCAAUGUGGACAGGUUGUAGUGGAUACUAUUAAUUAAACUUGGACAACAACCAGUGCAUGAAGUUCUUUAACCCCAUGUAGGUCUUUGUUUUUCCGAUUAAGACAUGUAAAACACAUUUCAAAAAUUAAAGCUUUUAUUUGGACACAAGGCUGUACUUGUAGACAGGAUACUUAGGUGUGUCCAGAACAUACAGUGCCUACAGUGACUUCAACCUUUUACUAACAGUGACUAAAUAGGGUAUGUUGCUCUGUUAGUUUGUUACGUGGCUCUUUGGUGCAGAUGCACCUGGCAACUUAGGCAUUGUAGACACCCCUCCCUUUCUCUCCUUUCAGUCCUCCCUAUUUGUCUCACGUCUUCCUGGUAGGAUUAGGGAGGAGCUGUGUUUGUGAGAGAACUGAUCAGUCAAAGAGAGAGGCAGGGGAUUUACAGGGAGAGUGAGUGAAUCAGAGAAUUACUGAAUCACACAACUAGGAAGAGAAAAUUGAGGUCUGAAAGAGCUGCAGAUCUAUGACAUCUUAAUGAAGCUACAUUAAAGGAUGGUACAGGAAAAGACAGAAGAAAAGAAUGUUACAAUCUGAAAGGCAGAUCAAGAGUAUCAUGCAUUAUUUUCAUUGUCUUAACUGACACAGAAGAAGAAAACAGAAAAAGAACUGAAAAUAAACCAGGAAAUUACAGAGAAGUGAAAAAGAGAAACUGUGUCUGUUGCUAAAAAGUACAAAGUUUCUUCAUCAUGAAGGAUCGGCUAGAGCAACUGAAAGCGACAAGGGACACUGAUGAUCAAGAUGAAGUUGACAUCUCCAUCGACAAUCCCGCUUUUAUGGAUGACUUCUUUUCCCAGAUCGAGGAGAUCCGUCACAACAUUGACAAAAUUGCAGAGUGUGUUAAUGAAACAAAGAGGCUGCACAGCGUGAUCUUGUCUGCACCUCUCCCUGAGCAAAAAACAAAGGAUGAGCUGGAGAAUCUAACACUGGAAAUAAAAAAAACAGCAAAUAAUGUGAGAUCACGUUUAAAAUUAUGUUUGCUUCUCUUACUUUCCAUUUCAGCAAUGGAACAAUCCAUUGAACAGGAUGAUAUGCAGUCAUCAACAGACCUUCGGAUACGAAAAUCUCAGCACUCUGUUUUGUCUCGGAAAUUUGUGGAUGUUAUGACUAAAUACAAUGAAGCUCAGGUUGAUUUCAGAGAAAAAAGCAAAGGCCGAAUACAACGACAGCUGGAAAUUACUGGCAAAAGUACCACAGAUGAAGAACUGGAAGAAAUGUUAGAAAGUGGAAAUCCUAGCAUCUUCACUUCUGGGAUAAUUAAUGACUCACAAAUAUCCCGUCAGGCGCUAAGUGAAAUUGAAUCCAGACAUCGUGAUAUUGUACAAUUGGAGAGUAGCCUAAAAGAACUCCAUGAUAUGUUUAUGGAUAUUGCCAUGCUUGUGGAAAACCAGGGGGAAUCGUUAGACAAUAUAGAGUUAAAUGUAAUGAAUUCUGUGGAACAUGUGGAGAAAGCACGUGAGGAAACUACAAAAGCUGUGAAAUACCAAAACAAAGCACGCAAGCUAGAAAGUGAUGUCCGAGCACUGGGAGAAACUCUGCGCCGGCAGAAAUACCAUCGCCUGCGUCAUCACGCUGCGCCCAGCAAUUCCCCUGCGCCGGCGUCAAGGCGCCCGCGCCGUCACUGGAACGCAGCGCUGGAACGCAUCGCGCCGAAGAUCCGAGUCUCCCAGAGUCGCGGUGAGUACCUGACAAUGUUCCUCAUACUAUGGUGUUGGGCCUAUUUAUCGUAUACCAGGGAUCAUGGAUCAGUUUCAGAGGAAAUGCUUUUGAAAUGGGUGUUUCAACAAGAGAACGACCCCAAACACAACAGAAAAUGACAACAUCUUGGUUCCAGACCAACAAGAUUGACAUUAUGGAGUCCUAUAAUCCAAUAUUAAACUCGAGGGGUGACAUCAAAAAUGUUGUCUGUAAGGCAAAACCAGUAACUGAACUAGAUGGGGGCGGGCCCUGGUGCGUGACGUGCAGCCGGGCCCCCGCCCCCCUCCGUACUCCAUUUUCAGACUGCAUUUUAGUGGCCAGUGGGCUGCCAGGGGCCCUGAGGGGGUGCGGGCCCUGGCCCGCUCGCACCCCCUGCUCCCCCGGUAGUUCCGCCACUGGGCAAAACCAAGAAAUGCAGAAGAAUUCUAGAAUGUAACAGGUGCCAGAACUUGGUCAACUGCAUGCAACACAGAUAUGUAGCAGUUCUCAGAAACAGUGAUUAUACAACUAAAUAUUAGUUCAGUGAUUCAAAGGAAAGCAAAAUCUUGAAACAUUUUUGAAUGUCUGAGUUUGUAAAGAAGAAUGCAGACACUGCUAUUUUUUGGAACAGCCUAAUAUUCCUUUUCAAUCAAUUUUCCUUCCUGUUUUGAUUUGGAAUAGAAUGUGUUCCCAAUGCAUUUGCAUGUAAGGAAAUAAAAUCUAUUAUAAGGAUUCUGAGCUUUAUUCACUUUUUAAACAUACUGCUAUUAUUCUGAACACAACUGUAUAUAUUAGAGAUCUAUGGCACCUAACACACACAUGUAUUGGAAAUUCCAAAUGCUAGUUGCAAAGGGGAUUAAGAAUUUGUACAGUUCUCUUUCUAUACUUGAAAUAUCCCUCUAAGUAUGAAACUGUGGUAGUACCUAAUGUACCAUGUAAUCCAUAGGAAAAAGUCCUAUUUUAUUUAAGAGCCAUGAAUGUCAUUUAAUCCUUGUUAUUUUUGCAUGUUAAGUACUAAAACAUUUUUUUACAAUAUAGUAUAUAUAGUAAUAUAGUAUAUAUUUGUAAAUGUUAUUUAACCUUUUUUCUUUUACUCCUUAGUUGAACAUUCCUGUGACUCUUACUUCCUCUUCCACCAGCAAAUGGUCCCAACUACCACUACCCAACCUCUGCUUCUGUGGCUAAUACUGUUUUGAUGUUUGUCAGGGCAUGGGACAAGCUUAUGACUUGCAGGAUUCCAUGACCAAUUCUGCUCCUUGAAACCUUAUCCUUUACCCAAAGAGCCUGAUGCUGCUAAAAAUAGUCUGUUACUUCAUGCAUUCAUACAUCUUGCUAAAUUAAUUUCUGAAUCAUUACUACUUCUUUCAUAGGGGCAAAUUUACUAAAGGGCGAAGUGACUAACGCUGGCGAAAAUUCGCCAGUGUGACGUCAUUUAGGUACUUUGCGUUUUACUAACGAUCACUGGCAUAACUUCGGUAGCGAAGGAGAUAGAUUCUAGCGCUACUUCGCACUCUUACGCCAGGCGAAGUUUCGCUCUGGCGAAAGAGCAUUACUAAGUCCAAUUAACUUUAACUUCAUGCCAUAUGCAGAUUAGCCAACGUUAGCGCAACUUCGCUUCGCUUGGCGCAGUAACGUUAGCGCAACUUUGCCAGAGUUCGGAUUUUAGUGAAUUAGCGUUGUCCUGGCGAAUCUACGCCUGGCAAAGUGUUGCGAUGUGAGCGAAGCCAUCACUGGCGAAUUUACAGAGGUUAGUGAAUUUGCCCCAUAAAGUAAGAAGUAAACAUUUGAUUCAAUGAGGUGCAAAAUGCCUGAAAACCCAGUAUCUAUGGACAAUGCAGACUAGCUGACUGAUUCAACUGCUUCCACCUCAGUAUUAAAAGAGAAUUCAACCCGUAGUUAUGGCAGGUCAAGGUGUAUUGGCCUACAAUUGCUUAUACUUCAUGACGUAAACAUACAGUAUGUAUACAUUGAUUGUUCGAUCUGAUUUUUUUUUUAUCAGUAAAAUGAUAAGGAGGGACUUUUGUAUACAGAAGCUCACAUUUGACUGUCCUUUCUGUCUAUUUCUUAUUGUUUGCUUUCAUUUUCAUCUUUUACUCUUGUCUUUGUGACCAUCUUUCCUUUUCUCCUCUGACCUUUGUAGAAGACAAUUAUGAUUCUGAUUUGCUGUGUAAUUCUUGCAAUUGUCAUAGCAUCAACAAUCGGAGGAAUCUUUGCUUGAGGUGAGAGCACAAGACACAGUUGUCUGAGCCAGCCAUGGCAAUGAAAAGUGAAUUGAUACAGGCUGCUAGCUCAUAGCUCUGUUAUGUGUAAUUAUGUAUAUAGUACUAUAUGUUUAUUAAGUUAUCAUUCAUCCUAAUUUUUUUAGACUAGGAAAUUAUUUAGAAUACUUAUUUUAACAAGGUCUGCUAAAAUCUAUUUCUAAACUAUGGCUGCAUAAUAGGAACCACCAUAGCAUCUGUUGCUCUAGUCUAUGGGUCCCCAACCUUUUUCACCCGUGAGCCACAUUCAUAUGUAAAAAGAGUUGGGGAGCAACACAAGCAUGAAAAAGUUGCUUGGAGUGCCAAAUACGGACUGUGAUUGGCUAUUUGGCAGCCCCUAUAUGGAUUGGCAGCCUACAGGAGACUCUACUUGGAACCAUACUUAUACUUAUACUUUUAUGCAAUUAAAACUUUCUUCCAAGCCAGGAAUUCAAAAAUAAGCUCCUGCUUUGAGGACACGGAGAGCAACAUCCAAGGGGUUGGAGAGCAACAUGUUGCUCAGGAGCUACUGGUUGGGGAUCACUUCUCUAGUCUAAUGAAUGGAUGAGUGAAUUUAUAAUGAUGAUGAUUUGUUGAUUCUAAACAACAUAAUUACAACAAUAUGAAUGUGGCUAAUGACAGCUACAGAGCAAAAAAAAAGUGAUAUUGCUACAUGUUGUUUCAGGUUUCUGUUUCUUCUACUAGUGGAAAAGAAAAUCCAAGCAAGGUGAAGGAAGAUGAUGAAUGUUAAGAAAUACUGAAGAUUAUGAUUAACAUUAAAGAAUUUAAAAAUGGUCUUUUGUGUUUGUGCAGUAACAAAUAAUGAGCAUGUGGUCUGUUUUAGACCUCAUUCAUACUAUCUUUCAUUAUUUAGUUGUCAAAAUGGACUGUUAAUAGGGACAGACUGCACAGUAGAAUUCAUGUCUGUAAAUAUAUUGAAGUUGGUAGGAUUUAAAUGCAUGUAAUCUGAAGCAGAAUGUAUUAUACCAUAGUUGUAGGAUGCUUUGGGAAAACUCAAAGGGACAGAUAUCAUAAUUCAGUGGAGUAUUUCCUUGAACAUCAAAUAGUUUGUUUUUUUUAAAGAAGAAAACUGAAAAUUUUAAUUCAAGGCUUUUAGACUCAUUGAAAAUAAAAAGAACAAUGUGAUUCUAGCUUGAGUGCAAGUUGUUUUGAAAUGAAAAAAUGCAUACAUAAAUAUCAUAUUUAUAUUAUAUCAGCUAGUGAUAGAGGGGAAAAAAUAAUCGCAGAAAAAAAAGUUGCACAAGUUGUUGCUCUAUUUUUUAUGCAUUCACAUUUGGGUUUUCCCUUGACCAUGAAAAUGCGUAAACUGACCUCCAAGUAGCAUUCAUCAAAUUCACAUCCAACUUCAAAAGAACUCAUGAGACUUUGUUUUCCACUAAAAUACAAUGCUGUCUAAUCAUUUUGAUAGUACUGCUAGGGGUGUAAUUAUAGAAAAAGCAGACAGAAGUCCCCAAUUGCCAGGCCCUUUCUAAAAGGGAAAUCCCCUGCCUGCUGCAGGCACAUGCAGUGAGGGUGUGGUUUUGAUGUGCACCUCAAAAAAAAAUGUUCAGGGGGGCCCAUGAUGGCUUUAGGUGAAAAUAAACAACUAACAUUUGUAUGGAA